AUGACGCUUAACAUCCUCUCUCUCCCGACUGAACUCCAAGCUCAUAUCCUCAGCUUCCUCCCCUGGCACGAUCACUUCCUCGCGUCAUCAGUCUGCCCCCUCUGGCUUUCCAUCCUCCGUACGGAAAACUUUCGCCGCCAGCGGCAUUAUGGAAGAUCCACACCAGAUGCCGUUGCGAGCAAGCCUGGCGAUAGAACGGCGCAGCAGCUUUCUCCACAUAAACUUCUCGAGCAUCACCUUUUAAGGAUUAUCUUUCAACGCAAAAGGGACGCUAAUACGACAGCCGCCACCACCACCACCACAUCCAAAGUUUUAAUGGCACUGGUAGAGAAGGUACGGGACCAUGUUUAUAACUAUGAUUGUAAGCUGUUUGAUAUUGGAGGUUCGGGAUUAUUGGAGACAGAUGUUCUAUUCUUUGGCCUAAAAGACAAGGAGCCGGGAUCUCUGGGACUGCUUGAUGAAGCUCCCUUGGAGCAUCAUGGCGAGGAUAUAUACCAAAGAGAUACAUCACUGUACUGGACCAUACUUUUCAGGGUAGUGCCGUGGACCCCUGGAUCGGAAUACGAAGCUAGCCCCUUUGGAUACUCUAUGCAAACUACCAUGCCUGCCCCGAAAGUCAAGAUACCACCGCUAAAGCUAAGAAGACAUAUAUGGGAGUCCAAGGAAGGGACACUGAAAAAUUUUAUUGGCGCUUUGAGAGGACAGGUUGAAAUGAUGUUCUUCAAAAACCCUAAUAUGGCGAAGUGUGUAUUGGAUGUGAGCUUAGGAGCUAGAGGGAUCCCUGAAGAUAUAGAGAAGAGGCAGAUUUAUGUGGCUGUAAAAGUUAAGGAGAAAGAAGAGGGGGGUGAUAGUUGGGGAGUGUGGAACUGGGCUAAAGGUUUCUUUUAG